AUGGCGACCGUGGGAAAAUCCUCGGAGCAACAUGACAGCAGCAUAUACACAGAAAAUGCUUUAAACAGGGCCGACUCGUCACGCAGCCGCCAUGAUUCAAAUCCCAAUCCGGGAGAGGUUCAGCCGCUCCUCGGUCCUUCGACGCUGGCCGUCAAGUCACCUGGAGUCGCCCGCAUCGAAAUCAUCAACGCUUCCCUAACACGAAAUGACCGACUGAUGAUGUUUCUGGGCGUGUUCCUGGUCGGAUACGCUUACGGCCUGGACAGCCAAGUCCGCUCUACUUACCAAUCAUACGCCACCUCCAGCUUUGGCGAGCAUUCGCUCCUAGCAACCGUCAACGUGGUCCGCAGUGUGAUCGCCGCCGCCGCCCAACCAGCCGCCGCCCGCAUCGCCGAUGUAUUUGGACGAUUCGAGCUCGUGGCUGUGUCGAUGGUUUUCUAUCUGAUCGGUACAACGGUGGAAAGCUGUGCGACCUCCAUCGAGAUGUUCUCCGCAGGCACGGUGCUAUAUCAGCUGGGUUACACCGGGAUCGUGCUGCUGGUGGAGAUUAUCAUCGCGGAUAUUACGUCGAUGCGAUCGAGGGUGUUUUUCAGCUAUCUACCUGCCACGCCGUUUAUUAUAAACACUUGGAUCAGUGGGUAUAUUACCUCCGCCGUUGUAAACAACAAGGAUGGCUGGCGGUGGGGAAUCGGCAUGUGGUGUAUUAUAUACAGUGUUUGUUCGUUGCCUCUUCUCUGGACCCUGUUCUACACUAGCCGCCGUGCAGAGAAGGCCGGUGCUUUGGAACAUCAUCCGAGUCCAUUACGAGCAUUUGGAAUGCGUCGUUUGGCUGUAAAUAUGUUCCACCAGCUUGACGUUGUUGGAAUUUUCCUGAUGAUCGCUAUCUUUGGCUUCAUCCUUGCGCCACUUACGAUCGCCGGUGGCACGGAAUCCCAAUGGCGAUCCCCGUUCAUAAUCACACCUCUCCUCAUCGGUGUUUUGUGUAUCCCGAUAUUCAUCUUGUGGGAAACAAAAGGUGCAAGACACCCGCUCGCCCCUUUCAACCUUCUCAAGGACCGCGGCAUCUGGAGCGCACUUGCCAUUCGAUGUCUCCUCAAUUUUUCAUGGUACCUCCAAGCCGACUAUCUCUAUACAGUCCUGAUCGUUGCAUUUGAUUUCUCUGUCGCCACCGCGACACGCAUCCAAUCCUUCUACUCAUUCUUCGGUCUUAUCAGCGGGCUGGUAACCGGCAUCAUCAUCUACCGAACCCGCAGAUUGAAGUUUCUGAUUAUCUGCGGCACAUGUCUAUUCAUGAUGGCAUACGCUCUAGUCCUCUAUUUCCGAGGCGGCGCAGACGGAGGCUCCAAGGCCGGUGUGAUUACUGCGCAAAUUCUCCUCGGCCUUGCGGGCGGGUUUUUUGCAUACCCUACUCAGGCAUCGGUUCAAGCCGCCACGACACACGAGCACAUGGCCGUUCUCACGGGCAUAUAUCUCGGUUCGUUCAACAUCGGAAGCGCUCUCGGCACAUGUGUCUCAGGGGCAAUCUGGACUCAAACUUUGUACAAAUCGUUGGUGGCCAAUCUGGAUUUCCAGUCUAAUUCGACUUUGGCCCAUGCUGUCUACGAUUCGCCUUUUGAGGUCAUCCCGUCGUACCCGAUCGGCACACCCGAGAGAACUGCUAUCAUUUUGAGCUACCGACAUGUGCAGAGGCUUCUCUGUGUUACCGGAAUAUGUCUUGCCGCGCCGAUGAUUGGCUUGGCUUUCAUUUUGCGGAAUCCCAAGCUUUCCAAGGAACAGAGUCAGCCUGAGGCUGAGAGAGAGGAGUAG